CUCUCUCCUCCCGCUAUCACGAGCGGUCUACCUUAAGCGCACACGCAACGCAGGCGUACAGCGAGGUUUCCGCUUCUCAGCCGGGCUGGCGGAGUCGGACCGCGGUUCACGAAAACACCGUCGGCACAAGGUUGACGCACCAGGACCAAACCGAACGAACCCACCGAGCCGGGGGGGGGGAGUGGAGAAAAAGAAGAAAGAAAAGAGAAGAAAAAUGUCCGAAUCCAAGUACCGCGAGUGGAUUUUGGACACUAUCGACUCCCUCCGCUCGCGGAAAGCCAGACCAGAUCUGGAGAGGAUUUGUCGAAUGGUCCGGAGACGACAUGGGUCCGAGCCAGAUCGAACCUGCGCAGAACUCGAGAAACUGAUCGCGGAGCAAACUGUGCUGAAAGUUAAUUACAAGGGCUCGAUUUCGUAUCGGAACGCCGCCAAGGUCCAGAGGAGGAGCAGGAAAAAAGAUGAUAUAACGACAAAACGGAAUGUGGUGGAAGAAGCCAGUCAUUCCGAUUUGAGCAACGGGGACAGUGCACUCGGUCCCGCUGACCAAGAUGAGACGGAGGAUUUGGAGGCGGACUGCUCUAUGGCUAUGGACACAGACAGUAAUGCAGAGGAGGAGGGGGCUGAUGAGAGCCAGGAUGGGCUGAACAGGCCGUCUCCUGGCCGCGCGUUCCAGGACGAUGCCGUGCAGUGUGCUUCUGCCCAUGCCCUGUCCGCCCCCUGUUCUCCCUCCGUCCCCCGUCCUGCCCCCAGCUCCUGCUCCAGUCCUAGCCCCAGCCCUGGCUCCAGCCUGGACUGUGCCUCUGCCUGGAAGGCCGGUGGGAGGGCCAGCUCCUUGCCCCCCUCCAGCCCCAGGGCCCUCAUACACAAUGACUGGGCUUAUGAUUCUACUGUCUGCCCAGCAGAACACCAGCACCCAGGAAUGCAGAAAGACAAAGCCGUAACUGUGAAGCCAGCAAUGCAGCCUGUGACUACCAGUCCACAUGUGCAGAAGAACACAGCGAAAGCGGAGGUUGAAGGGAGGACCGAGGACAGUAGCCUUUCCGCUGACCAGCUGGUCCCAGACAAUGGAACAAGACCGGAUGAGACCAGCAAGGUUUCUGAUGGAAGACCACAGACACUGCCUCUGUCCCCUGACAACUGCGUCAAGUUCAAACAGAAGAUAGACAUCGCCUCCUUCACGUCUGCUGAAGACGGCGUCAUGAACGGCGGGAAGAGCGAUGACCUCAUUGUGAAAAAAGAAAAGAUGAGCCAAAACUUGUUGCAGUGGACUGUGGCAGACGUGGCCAGUUACUUCUCAGCCGCCGGAUUCCCUGAGCAGGCCGUGGCUUUUCGAACGCAGGAAAUUGAUGGGAAGUCCCUCCUCUUGAUGCAGCGCAGCGAUGUGUUGACCGGCUUGUCCAUCCGGCUUGGGCCUGCCCUCAAAAUCUACGAGCGUCACAUAAAAGUGCUGCAGCGGACCCACUUCCUGGAAGAUGAAGACCUCUGAAGCGGCCGACCCGACAUUGGCCCUCACUGCCGACGAGCAAGCGCCGCCGCAAUGACCCCGCCGUGCAUGCAAGUGUUCCUUCUCGGAAGGGUAUCGCCCAUCUCCACGAUAGCAG